AUGCUCUCCGACAUACCCGAUGCUCUGCUUCGGGAAGAACUUUCUCGCAGGCUUAUAGAUCGAGAUAUAAGUAAUGAUAAACCAGCAUGUGGUUCGCUUAAGGGGGGUGCCUACAACACUCCGGCCCAUAUAAUGGCGCUCUUUCUCAUUUGGGUAUUAAGUACAUUGGCCUGUUCCUUUCCUAUCCUGGCUCGUCGAUUCCCGCGUCUCCCGAUUCCUCGACACUUUAUUUUCCUAUCAAGACAUUUCGGAACAGGUGUACUCAUCGCAACGGCUUUUGUCCAUUUGCUGCCUACCGCAUUUGUUUCCUUGACAAACCCUUGUCUGCCUCGGUUUUGGAGCGAGACAUAUCGUGCCAUGGCUGGAUUUGUCGCAAUGAUUUCCGUCUUCUUCGUUGUUGUGGUGGAGAUGUUCUUCGCUAUGAAAGGCGCCGGCCAUGUUCAUGGCAGUGAAUACGACCAAUUAAUCGGCGAAGUAAGCGCGGAUUUCUCCGUCAAUGAGCAAAAUAACGAGUUAAGCUAUCUGCGCCUUGAAGGAAGGGAGUCUACAGACAAUAUUCAUCUUCCGCCGAUACAAGAUACGCGCACGCCGGUACCACAACAUGCAGAGUAUGAUUCCCCUCCAAGGAAUUCAAUGGACGAACGCAAUAUGGAAGACCCGUCAGGUGCCAGUGCAGUAAAAGAUGACGAAAAUAUGGGCCAUGAGGAGGCCGACCCAUAUCAUAUGCCCGGGCCCAACGGAAACCAACGCCAUUCCUCGCACCCUCGCAUUCACCCUCAUCAAUCCCAUUCAGGGUCGAAAUUGCCCAUGCAGAAUCCACAACGCCAACUUUUGCAAUGUCUUCUUCUCGAAGCAGGAAUUCUAUUCCACAGCAUUUUCAUCGGUAUGGCUGUGAGCGUAGCCACAGGCACUUCGUUCGUCGUGCUGCUGGUGGCUAUUAGUUUUCAUCAGACCUUUGAAGGAUUUGCGCUCGGGUCCCGGAUUGCAUCUCUGAUUCCGGACCUCUUCCCCCCUUCCUCUAUGAAACCAUGGCUCAUGUCCCUCGCAUACGGAACUACGACCCCAAUCGGACAAGCUAUCGGCCUCCUUCUCCAUAACCUCUAUGACCCAGCUAGCACUAGCGGCCUGCUCAUGGUUGGCAUUACCAACGCAAUCAGUAGCGGGCUUCUCGUCUUUGCUGGCCUGGUGGAACUUUUGGCUGAGGAUUUUUUGAGUGAAUCGAGUUAUAUGACCCUUCGGGGACAGCGGCGCGUGGAGGCUUGCGUAGCGGUUGCCGCUGGCGCUUUGUUGAUGUCGUUUGUGGGUGCAUUCGCCUAG